UUUCUCUCCUCCCAGCAGCUGCUCUAAACCAGUCAGCGCUUACACAAGGCACUCUUGCUUCGGUGAAAGAAAUAAUUUUUCCUCCUUUGUCAGGAAACAAACUGGGGGAGGGGAAACCAGGGCACAAGAUGGUAGCAUAUCUCGCUGCAGUCAGCAGCUACAGGAAUUUAAAUUCACGCUUCAGCCAAGAAACUUGCCUGCUCAAGGCCAGCCAGAAAUAAAUUUUGCUACAGUAGGAAGAAAUGCAGAUGGAUCAGAGUACCCGAAUGUCCUUCCUUUCCCGUAGCUAUCUGUGGCCAGGUCAGGGCAGCUGUUUCACCAGGUAGGAAAUUAACCUCUAAUGAGUGAAGAAAGAAGUAGCUUUUCAAAGCAAAUGAGAGGAAUGCAGAUUCAUCCUUAACCCCAGCCACACCAUACCAGCUAGCAAUCUCCCACAGGAGAUCAUUGGAGAUUCUCUCCCAAGACUACUGUUGUAAGAGACAGACCAAGUAAAUCAGUCUGGAGGAAGCAGAAACUCUUCAUGUGGGAUAGAAAAUGGCUUUGUCUGAAGUAUAAAGCUGCUGAAGGAAUUAAAGGGAAUAAAAUGUGCUAUGGACUGCACAGAAGUGACACACAAAAAGAUGCUGCAAUGAAUAAAUGAGAACACCAGAUCAGAAGCUAGCCUGCCAGCCAUUUGCCAUAUACUCCCUUUUUAGCAAAAGCAUAUGACAGUAGUAGAAACUAAAAGCUCAGCUGGGUAGAAGCUGUAGAAAUAUUUAAAAUCAAAGACACAGCAGUGCUGUCCCUACCUAUUGUCAACGAACGUCUCCUUGCUGAUGCAUCCUCUGCACAACAGAGAAGUCCUCACUCAUAUCCAAAGAAGCAGUCUGUGCAGAAAACACAAAUCCUCUUAAACCACUAUUAUCACAGACUGACCCUUCAGGUUUUUGUGCCCCUGCAAGAGAUCUCUUAGGUAGGCCUCGGUGACCUGAAUCUCAAUUCACCCAUUCCAUUCAGCAUUACACUCUUUCAUUAGACAAGUCCACCUCUAUAAUAAUGUACACAAUACUGUUGGUUUCCAGCAACCUUGGAAAAAAGGACUUGGAAUUUACUUCUACAAGUGUUAUUUCCCAGGAAACACUCAGUUUCUUCCAGACCUAAAAGGGUGUGCUCUAGCUUGUCAGGUUUCUAAGUUUAUCAACUAAAAGCACAUAUGGAUCCAGCCUGGCAGUUUCCCCUGUCCAGGGACACCAGGACAGCUAGACCAGAUGGCUGAGAACUGCAGAGUAGAAAUUAACUUAGGAUUUGGAGGUGAUGUGGAAAACACUCAGAAUAGAAAGCAAACUCCCAUGUCUCCUCCUGCUGGUGGGAGCAAUCAUGACUGUUCAAUGCCAGGGCUUACGUAUGCGUUUCAAACGGGGAGCCAGAUCUAGAGCCAUUUGCACAGACAAUUCAUCUGGAGAAAUUUACCAGCACAGGGGGACCUGGCUGAGGCUCUCGGGGAGCAAAAUAGAAUACUGUAGGUGCGACAGUGGUCAGAGUCGCUGCCACACUGUGCCUGUCAGAGCCUGCACUAGAAAUAAAUGCUACAACGGGGGUCACUGUUCACAGGCUUAUUAUUCCCCACAGCUCUUCAUCUGCCAGUGCCACCAAGGUUUCUCUGGGAAGCAGUGUGAAAUAGAUACUGAAGUUAAGUGCUACAAAGAUGCUGGAGUAACAUACAGGGGUACAUGGAGCAAGACAGUGAGCGGAACCGAAUGUUUAAAUUGGAAUAGCAAUGGCUUGAUGGAGCGGAUGUACAGUGGUCAAAGAGAGGAUGCUGCUGAGCUGGGAUUGGGCAAUCACAACUAUUGCAGAAACCCAGAUGAGGAUUCCAGACCUUGGUGCUAUAUCUAUAAAGGGGGAAAGUACAUCUGGGAACACUGCAGUGUGCCCUCCUGUUCAAAAGUUGGGAACAUCAACUGCAAAUCUGGCAGAGGCACAGAUUACCGAGGCAGCCACAGCGUUACCAGUUCUGGAGCUACCUGUUUGAGGUGGACUUCUCGAAUCCUUGUCAACAAGUUAUAUACUGCUUGGAGAAGAGAUGCUUACCAGCUGGGCCUUGGUAGUCACAAUUUCUGCCGGAAUCCUGACAAUGACAGCAAACCCUGGUGCCAUGUACUGAAAGGAAAUCAGCUCACAUGGGAGUACUGCAAUGUGCCUACUUGCUCCGCCUGUGGCUUACGGCAGCGAAGAGUACGCCAGUACAGGAUUAAAGGUGGCUCCUAUGCAGACAUUGCAGCUCACCCAUGGCAAGCUGCCAUCUUUGUGAAAUAUCGCCGAGCACCUGGAGAGCACUUUCUCUGUGGAGGAAUUCUGAUCAGUUCCUGCUGGGUUUUGUCAGCUGCUCACUGUUUUGAGGAAGGCUUUAGUACAAAUCAGCUGAAGAUUGUUCUGGGUAGGACUUCCCGAGCAACUCCAGAGGAAAAUGAACAAAAGUUUGAAGUGAAGAACUACACUGUGCAUCAGAGGUUUGACUCAGAAACUUUCAACAAUGAUAUUGCUCUGUUGCAGUUGAGCUCAGAUGCAGAAGACUGUGCUAUUGAAACAGACACUGUCCGUGCUGCCUGUCUCCCAACACCAGAACUGCAGCUGCCCGAUUGGACUGAAUGUGAGAUCUCUGGCUAUGGCAGAAGUGAAGAAUUUUCUCCAUUCUAUUCAGAGCACCUGAAGGAAGGCCAUGUUAGACUGUUUCCAGCCAGUCGGUGCACAACACAACACCUAGACAACCGGACAGUUACAGACAAUAUGUUAUGUGCAGGAGACACAAGGCACCUUGAUGAUGCUUGCAAGGGUGACUCUGGAGGGCCCCUGGUCUGUAUGAAGGAUGAUCGUAUGUAUCUAACUGGAAUCAUCAGCUGGGGAGUAGGCUGUGGCCGCAAAGACAUACCUGGCGUUUAUACAAAUGUGAAUCGUUAUCUUGACUGGAUUCAGGACAACAUGAAACCCUGAGAAAGAAAAAUGAACUAUCCACAGUUUGUGGCCAUGCCUUCACAGCUUCCUUCUGGAUGCUUUAUGGAUGCUGACAGAGCUUCCUGUUUGUCCAGAUGUUUAUGACUUUCCAUAUAAGAGGAAAACAAACUGCCACGUGUAGGAAGGGCACAUUCUGAAAUUACUCUCCUUAUUAUAGAUUACUGGAAGCUAAUACUCCUUUUUCCCUCACAUCCCCAAGCUUUCUCCUUGCAUCAAAUAACAUGAAUACAAUUUAAAAUAAUUUUUGGCCCAAGAGAAUAAACCAAGCAAGAACAAAUUGCAUCCCAUGAACACCUAUGUUGAUUUGGGAAUGGGUGUGAACUGAAAGCAGAGUGGACAUGUUUAAUCUCCUGAAAACUUCAUCUGCCUCCUUCUUUGGCUGUAAAUUUGGAAGACAUUCCAGUCAGGCUUAAUCUCUGUCCUUAUACCAUUUUUCUUUGGUUAUUUAAGCUGAUUCACCUUGACUCCAAUAGAAACAGAAAAGCUGUAGGCAUGGGCUGCUUAUUUCCAUAUCGAUAUACUACAUGAUUUUUCAGAGCAAAUCCAAGAUGGCAUGCUUGUUAGGACAUUCUAUUCUUCCACUUGCUUCUCCUCCUGGUAGGAAUAAAAAAUUUAAAUAAAUAUGGAAUAGGUGAAAAUCUUAACACCAGCCUUAUGUGCCACAGAAUCAACACAUUACUUUUUGUCUAUUAAAUUUCUAUGCAUUACCAUCUGAUAUGAAAACAAAAGCACUCUCUAGCGCAGCAGGGCAGAACAAAGGACAAGUGUAAUGGUAACAGUUUUAGGUGCUUGCUAGAUUUACAUCCACAAGUAAAGAUCAAGUCAAAUGUCACAAGGCUACAUUUUGUCCUUUAACAGAAGGCAGGACAGGUAUAACCAUGUCACUGUGAACCAAAAUCUCUGUAGUCAAGCAUUACUUGGAUUGCAGUUGCCAUGUGAUGCUAAGUGAUGCACGUCCUAAGAGCUAAGCAUCUUUGAGAGAUAGCCUCUUGUCCAAUUGUUUUAUAAAGUAAGAGAAAGCAGGUGUGACUAUUGUUUUAGGAAAAAAAAAAAAUAUAUCGAGGCUACAAAAGGAGUUUAGCUUUAGUAGCAAUCAGGCAUUGUAGCUAGAAAACUAGCACAACCUCUAGUUAAAUAGAGAAGUUUAUAUAACAAGUAAAUACAGAAGAGAGAUUUGGUAAGGAUGCCCACUAGUUUUUCAAAUGGAAACUUCACAGAUGGUCCAUGUCUUUCUAGCUACCAGCUUAGAAGCUGACCUCAAAGAGAUCUCUAAUGUUCUCAGAGAAACACUAGUGUAAGUCCAGUGAGCUUCAGCAAUGAGUCCCAUAUUCCAGUCAGUGGAAGGGGGAAAAAAGCCCCAAGAUGUUUAUUAAAAAUGAGUCAACA